UGUUGGAGGGGGACACAUUAAAUUGUGCACAGGAAGUGCAUCGCGCGGAACGCGUCGUUUGAACGUGAAUGUUUUGUAGUAGCAUGCUGGCUGCUUUAUCUAGUUUGCACUGAGUGCUUACCGCCAACAAGGCUACAUGUAAAGUUACCGGGGGAUUUUGAACUCGUCCGCACAGUCUGUUUCGCAAACAUGGAGAAAGUCACGUACAUGAAGAAGACGUCUGCGCCGUCUGUGUCCCAAAUCAAUGCAGAAUAUGUUACACAGCUGGCAAAUAAAUACUGGGCACCUCAUUCCAAGAAUAAACUGCCCUUUGAUCCAAAGGUCAUGGAGGAUAUCUACCAGAAGGAAAUUCUGCAGUCCAAGUUUGCAAUUAGGAAAAUCAUGCUCUUGGAGUUCAGUCAGUACCUGGAGAAUUACCUGUGGGUGAACUACGCCCCGGAAGUGUCCAGCUAUGCCUAUCUCAUGACCAUCUGCUGCAUUGUCAAUGAAAAGUUCAGAGAGAAUGUUCCUGCCUGGGAGGUUUUUAAGAAGAAACCCGAGCACUUUCCGUACUUCUUCAAGUGUGUGAUGGAGGCGUCGCUGAUCGAGGAAAACGCCAGCCUCUCCCUCCGGGAACAGACGGUGCUGCUGCUCUUCCUCGAUCACUGCUUCAACAGUCUGGAAGUGGACUUGAUCAGGGAGGAAGUGCUGCGGCUCUUCUCCCCACGCAUGUGGACGUGUCUGCUGCCUUCCCGCCUCCAGCUGGAACUGAAGAAAGUGCCGAAGCUGCAGAAAGUGUGGAAGUCCGUCAAGAAGAACUAUGACAAGAUGGACGAGAAGGCGGCCGCGCAGGCUAAUAAGGAGAGGACAUUUCUCUCGUUGCUCAUUAAGAAAUUCCUGGGAGUUCUGACGUCAAUCUCACCGUCCGGGCCCAUCUCCAUGGAGAAGGUGCAUUAUUGCGAGAGGUUCAUCGAGCUCAUGAUUGACCUCGAGGCUUUGCUCCCAACGCGGCGCUGGUUCAACACCGUGCUGGACGACUCGCACCUGGUGGUCAGCUGUCACCUGUCCAACCUCCCCCGAAGGGAGAGAGAGGGGCAUCUCUUCUGCCAGCUGCUGGACAUGCUGAAGUUCUACACGGGCUUCGAGAUCAACGACCAGACCGGCAUCGCCCUCACGGAGAACGAGAUGACCACGCUGCACUACGAGCAAAUCACCUCCCUCCAGAGGGCGGCUUUUGCCCACUUCCCCGAGCUGCAGGACUUCGCCCUGUCCAACGUGGCAGCCGUGGACACACGGGACUCCCUCACCAAGCUGUUCGGCCAGCUCAGUCCCAACACUCUCCACCAGGUGGCAUCGUACCUCUGUCUCUUGCCCGAGCUGCCCGACGGACAGGACACGACCUAUGAGAACGAGGUCCUCCUUGAACUACUGGUGUCGCGCCACGAGAGACGAACCUCCCAGAUCGAGCAGCUAAACCAGAUGCCCCUGUACCCCACGGAGAAGAUUAUCUGGGAUGAGAACAUCGUGCCUACCGAGUACUAUUCGGGAGAAGGUUGCCUGGCUCUGCCCAAACUGAACCUGCAGUUCCUCACUCUGCACGACUACCUCCUGAGGAACUUCAACCUCUUCCGCCUGGAGUCCACCUACGAGAUCAGGCAGGACAUCGAGGACGUGGUCUCGCGCAUGAAGCCAUGGCAGUCGGAGUACGGGGGCGUGGUUUUCGGAGGCUGGGCGCGAAUGGCGCAGACCAUCCUCUCCUUCUCCAUCGUGGAAGUGGCCAAGCCCAACAUCGGCGAGAACUGGCCCGCCAGAGUCCGAGCUGACAUCACCAUCAACCUCAACGUGCGGGACCAGAUCAAGAGGGAGUGGGAAGGGCUGCGGAAGCACGACGUCUGCUUUCUGGUCACGGUGCGGCCCAACCUGCCCUACGGCACGCGGCUGGACCGCCGCCAGCCCUUCGUGGAGCAGACGGGCCUGGUGUACGUGCGCGGCUGCGAGGUGCAGGGCAUGCUGGACGAGAAGGGCCGCGUCAUCGAGGAAGGUCCCGACCCCAAACCCAAACUGAAGGGCGACGCCAGAACCUUCCGUGUGUGGCUGGACCCCAACCAGUACCAGCAGGACAUGACCAACAGCAUCCAGCACGGGGCCGAGGACCCCUACGAAUCCUUCAACAUCAUCAUGAGGAGGAAGCCCAAGGAGAACAACUUCAAGGCGGUCCUGGAGACCAUCAGGAACCUGAUGAACACGGAGUGCGUGGUCCCGGACUGGCUGCACGACAUCAUCCUGGGCUACGGCAACCCGGGCAGCGCCCACUACUCCAAGAUGCCCAACCAGAUCGGCACGCUGGACUUCAACGACACCUUCCUGUCCAUCGACCACCUGAAGGCCUGUUUCCCCGGCUACGAUGUGAAGGUGACGGAGGAGAGCCCCGCCCUGCAGGUCCCCCCCUUCAGGAUCAAAUUUCCGGAGAGAAGCGUGAAGGGGAAGAAGCGCAAGGCGGACGAGGCCGAGGAAGGCGAGGCGAUGGAGGAGGAGGACGACCGCACGCUGGUGGUGGAGCCGCACGUGAUCCCCAACAGGGGCCCGUACCCCUACAACCAGCCCAAGCGCAAUACUAUCCAGUUCACGCCGACGCAGAUUGAAGCUAUCCGGGCAGGGAUGCAGCCAGGACUUACAAUGGUUGUGGGACCUCCAGGUACGGGGAAAACUGACGUGGCUGUGCAGAUCAUCUCCAAUCUCUAUCACAACUUCCCAGAGCAGAGGACGCUCAUAGUGACGCAUUCCAAUCAGGCCCUCAACCAGCUGUUUGAGAAGAUCAUGGCGCUGGACAUCGACGAGCGCCACCUCCUGCGUCUGGGCCACGGAGAGGAGGCGCUCGAAACCGAGAAGGACUUCAGCAGGUACGGGAGAGUGAACUACGUGCUGGCUCGCCGACUGGAGCUCCUGCGGGAGGUGGGCCGGCUGCAGGAGAGCCUGGACGUGCCGGGAGACGUGUCCUACACCUGCGAGACCGCCGGACACUUCUACCUGUACCAGGUGGUGUCCCGCUGGGAGCAGUUCACCAGCAGGGUGAAGCCCAAACCGGGCCGGCCGGUGAGCGCGGGGGACGUGGCCGACUGCUUCCCCUUCCACAAGUACUUCUCCAACGCGCCCCAGCCCGUCUUCAGGGGCCUGUCCUACGAGGAGGACAUGGACAUCGCCGAGGGCUGCUACCGCCACAUCUGCAAGAUCUUCACCCAGCUGGAGGAGUUCCGGGCCUUUGAGCUGCUCCGCAGCGGGCUGGACCGCUCCAAGUACCUGCUGGUGAAGGAGGCCAAGAUCAUCGCCAUGACGUGCACCCACGCCGCCCUCAAACGCCACGACCUGGUGGAGCUGGGCUUCAAGUACGAUAACAUCUUAAUGGAGGAGGCCGCGCAGAUCCUGGAGAUCGAGACCUUCAUCCCGCUCCUGCUGCAGAACCCAGAGGACGGCUUCAGCCGCCUCAAGCGCUGGAUCAUGAUCGGGGACCACCACCAGCUGCCCCCCGUCAUCAAGAACAUGGCCUUCCAGAAGUACUCCAACAUGGAGCAGUCUCUGUUCACCCGCUUUGUGCGCCUGGGCGUGCCCACCGUGGACCUGGACGCCCAGGGUCGAGCCCGGGCCAGCCUCUGUAACCUGUACAACUGGCGCUACAAGCAGCUGGGGAACCUCCCUCACGUCCAGCUGCUGCCCGAAUUCCGUGCCCCCAACCCGGGCCUGGCCUACGACUUCCAGCUCGUCAACGUGGAGGACUUCAAUGGCGUGGGCGAGUCGGAGCCCAACCCGUACUUCUACCAGAACCUGGGGGAGGCGGAGUACGCGGUGGCUCUCUUCAUGUACAUGCGGUUGCUGGGAUACCCGGCCGAGCGAAUCAGCAUCCUCACCACCUACAACGGGCAGAAGCACCUGAUCCGGGACGUCAUCAACCAGCGCUGUGCCGGAAACCCCUUUUUCGGCCAACCCAACAAGGUGACCACAGUGGACAGGUUCCAGGGCCAGCAGAACGAUUACAUCAUCCUGUCGCUGGUGCGCACCAAGGCCGUGGGACACCUGAGGGACGUUCGGAGGCUGGUGGUGGCCAUGUCGAGGGCCCGGCUGGGCCUGUACAUCUUCGCGCGCGUGUCGCUGUUCCAGAACUGCUUCGAGCUCACCCCAGCCUUUGCCCAGCUGACCGCCCGGCCCCUGCAGCUGCACAUACGGCCGGACGAGUACUACAGCCCCGGACGACCGUUGGAAACCCGCUCCUCCCACCCUAAUCAGGUGAUCAAGAACAUGCCGGAGAUGGCCAAUCUGGUGUACAACAUGUACAUGCACAUGAUCCAGAGCACACAGCAGUACAGACAGCAGCAGGCGCUUCUCCCUCCUCCAAGCCAAGUGGAGGCUACAGCGGCGGAGGCUGCAGACGGUGCAGCCGAGGAUGCGCAGACGCAGCCGGAGCCUGAGCAGAUGGAGCAGACCCCCAGCGGGGAGCAGGAGCCCCAGAAGAGCUCUGAGGGGCAGGCUGAAGAGGCGACAGAGGAGAAGCAGCAGCAGCAGGAGGAGCAGCAAGAGGAGCAGGAGCACUCCACCAUGCCCGAGCACCCCGGCAGAGACAGUGACAGUGAGGACAGUGGAGCGGAGGAGGGGCCUUAGGCUGCUAAACCCCGUCCCUCCACUCUGACACGCGAAGUGAACUGCCCAAACCAUACAGACCCGCCCCUUCCCCCCUCCCCCUCCCCCUCCCCCUGCCCUCUGCCCUAAUGGAGCAGCCCUGCUCUUUCAGGAGUGUUUUUUUUCCCCCCUGCGGUAAUUAUUGGAAAGAGAUCAGCUUCCUACGAAAAUGAAACCAUGAGUAUGUUCAGUUCUUAUUCUGAGAAUGUCUUUUUGUGUACUUUUUUAAGUAAAAGGUUAAAAAUACUUCCUGGGUAUGGAGUAUCGUCUUUGAUUUCUGCCUCUAAAAAGAGUUCAGCCGUUGGCUGUUGCAUCGACAUACUGCCUCAUGGUGCUUUAUUGUAAUGCACGCGACAGACGAAACCACUUUACCCCGUAGGCCAUUUUCAUGACCUGCCGGUGCUGCGCUCUCAGUCCCUGUCUCUCCUCCGUGUCCGUGCUCUAGGUGACCAUCUGUCUGUGCAUUAUCUAGGAAAUGGCCGAUGAAAGGCGCGGGCAGCGCUGGCUGCCUGGCGUGGCCCUGGCCUUGGGCCAUCUAUAAAUACCUUUUUAUGACCCGUGCAGACAUGCGCUCGCACACGCAGAGGUCCCCUCUCGGCCUUCCGUGACUUUGAUCCGGCGACGCGGUCAGGGACCCCCGCGGGCCCGGCGGACUCCGAGCUGCCCCCGCCUCCACGUUUGUAGGUCAGCCACCGGCCCUGAGUGCGCUGGAGGGGGGACGGCCAUUCAAUAAUUACAUCACCCCCACCUCCCCCAAAAAAAAAAUAUUCAGGACAGUGUGCAGUGAAAUAUGUAGUUAUUUGUGUCAGUGUAAUGCUGUAUCACGGUAAAAUGAAAAAUUCAACGUGACAGUACAGUGGUCGGUUUAGAUGCUGUCUAGCUGUCAGACACAGACAAGCACCCCAUAAUAAUACAGUAAAAAGUGCAUUUUCCAAAGCUCUUGAUUACAGAUAGCUGUGUCUGUCAGCAGAACUUUGAUCAAAUUGGCUGAAUGUAGUUUACCAAGGAUAAGCCAAUUGACUGACAGAGGCCAAACUGAGAAAACAGACCGUCUGUAUGAUAGGAAGGUACUUCCAGAAUUGUUGCUGCUAGCUAGCCAAGUAAUUUCAAAGCAUGGUCAGUGCAAAGCAGUAGUGGUCAGCCCACUAAAAGCCAGCCAAUAGCCUGUAAGAUGGGGAUCAUAAGACAUAUUUUAGGCUUUAUGAUGCAGAUGAAGCAUGCUGUGGGAUACAAUACAGAGCUCAUAAGACUUCACACACAAGCAUUACAGGCAUGCCGCAGCAGCGUUACAUACCACUGACAUAAGUACCCUUUACUCGCCAAUGAUGGCAUCACAGCCAUAGUUUAAACACAGGCUUGACAGAGGUGGGGGUUUCCCACAAAUGUCGAAGGUUUUUAAAAAUGCACUGAGAGGGUUCCGAUGGAAAAUGUGAAAAAUACUUUGAUCCCUAAAUCUGCAACUCACAAUAUUAUUGGCCAAUCAGACAUUGAUACUCUCCAAAAUGGUAUUAGCUUCCUUACUCAGAUGCAUAAAAUCUGCUUAAUCUCCGUAAUGGGUGAAUGCACUGUGUUUCUUCAAUAAUUAAUUUUUUGCUGUCUGGAUGCGCAUUAAUGGGUACCUGUUAUUUGCCGUACAUUUCCCAGCAGAUAGAGAAUUUUUACAGUAUGUUGUCUUGUACUCAGUAAGGAUAGAGUUCAGCUACUGGUCAGGCACAUCUACUGUGCUUUAUAUCGAGAGAGAGAGAGAUAAACAGAGACAGACAGAGGGGUUAUUGCUGGCAUACUUGAGCAAAGUGGUAUACCUCCGCUAUUCUAGUAAUAAGAGCAAAUUAUUUUUUCUUAACAUUGCAACAAAAAAAAAGGAAUAAAGGUUUAGCAUGUGAUUGUGUGUCCAUGGUCACCUAUACAUACAUACAUAAAAAAAUAUGAAGAAAUGUAGGGAUGCUUACUUACACUGAUGCUUAACACUGAACUCAUUACUGAACAAGUGCUCAAUUGAUAGUUGCGUGCGUGCUUCCACGGGACGCCUUGCUUAGACCUCCCCCUGGCAUUUUUCACCCAUACUGCACUGCUGCAGUAAAUCAGUGGUGCCAGAGAGGAAGUGGCUGUGGUCACGGACUCACUGAGACACACGUGAGACUCGCACAGGAACGAGGGGAUCCAGCCGGAUCGGAUUCUGACACACACCGCUCAGAAACAACAUUUAACUAAAGGUUUUCUCCCUGUGUGUGUCUGCCCGUCCAAGGUCAGAAUGUCCAGCUGUGGAUCCUGCCUCUACUCCAUCGUAUGGCUCAUCAUCCUGUUGGCCCUGGCCUGGCCCCUCAGCAUAUUUCUGGGUGGGCUGUACGGAUUCAUCGCCCCCCUGACCACCUGCGUGGGACUGGACCGCCUCACCGACCUCCUCCUGGAGGGGGCGAACCUGGGGCGCACCUGCGCCCUGAACGUGAGGCACGGGAGGCCGCUGUGCUGAGGGAGCGCCGCGCUCCGGCUCCCGUCUCCAUGGAAACGCCUUUCCCCUGCGCAGACGCCGGCGAAGACGAACUCUGCGCAUUUUGACGUCCAUUCUUAGGUACCGAGAUCAUUCAUUGUUCAUCUGAAACUCUACAGACUGCUCCAAACGCGAACACCCCUUAUCAACAUUAAUGGUGCAUAUCGACAUUAUUCAUGCUUUUUAUAACUUUGAAUGACAUUUCUUGUACUCAUGCUGUUUUGUUUUAAGUGAAAAUUGUUUAUUUACCUGUAGUGAAGAUAUCUGUUAGUUAGAACAAGAAGUUGUACAACUUCUAAAGAAAAUAGACAUGGCACUUUAUGCUGAAAGGGCUUUAAAACAAAUGUCUCAUAUGCUGUACAUUUAUUUAGGGUGUACAUGAAUAUGAUCAUCUUACUGAAACACGCAAAUUAUAUAUAAUCUGCAGGUUAGUAAACACUGUUGGGUGAAAGUAAGUGGUGUUACCCUACUAUAGCUAUGACUGAAGUGUUGAGGAAAGGUUUCAGAAAUUGUUAAUGUUAAAACGAAAAUAAAGAAGCGUUUGUAACUGAUGAA